AUCGGGUUUUGCCAGGGUGCAAGAAUUCUGCGGGGACCCACCGGCUGCUAGACUUCCAAAAUGGAAAUGCCAGUGUGAGAAGAGCUGUCUUGCUAUUUGUUUCCUAUUUGUCGGUGGCUGGUAGGCCCUUAUUUCCCCGCCACUAGACCUGCAGGUGACUACUUGUGUUUCCUAAGCUGCCAGUUUGGGAUUUCAGCGAGCAGCCCAGGCGGGAAGACACCUCAGUCCCCCCCACCCCCAUCCAUUCUGUCCCCACCCCCGUCACCCCCUGCCAACUCCUGGGGCUUGGAUCCCCGCUCUCUUUAUCCAUCUUUUCUCCAGAGCUGGGCCCGUGCGGUAACUGGAUGCUGGGGGUUAACUGGUGCCGGAGCCUAGAGGCGGAGGAGUCCCCGGGAUUUUCCACGUCUGCGCUUCCCCACCCCCACCCCAGCCACGGAGGGUCGGGUUCGGGCCGACCCAACCCCCUCCCCGCCCACCCCACUUUGUCUUUGCAGGCGGUCUGUGGGUGAUCACCUCGGCGAGCAACUUUGCCAUCGGCCCACCGGGACUUGGGGAGGAAGGACCGGCGGGGCCCCGUCCCUCCCCCCUCCGGCACCAUUGCGGACACCACGCAGGGGCGCGCUUGGGGGCUCCCUGUGACUUCCAGGAAGGACGCGACCACCUGUCUUUGCGGCGGGGACCCUUCUCCCAUGACCCUGCGGUGUCUGGAGUCCUCCGGGAAUGGCGCGGACAGGACGCGAAGCCAGUGGGGGACCGCAGGGUCGGCGGAGGAGCCGUCCCCGGAGGCGGCGCGGCUGGCGAAGGCCCUGCGGGAACUCAGUCAAACAGGAUGGUACUGGGGAAGUAUGACUGUUAACGAAGCCAAAGAGAAAUUAAAAGAGGCACCCGAAGGAACUUUCUUGAUUAGAGAUAGUUCACAUUCAGACUACCUACUAACAAUCUCUGUUAAGACAUCAGCUGGACCAACUAAUCUGCGGAUUGAGCACCAAGAUGGCAAAUUCAGAUUGGAUUCUAUCAUCUGUGUCAAGUCCAAGCUUAAACAGUUUGACAGUGUGGUUCAUCUGAUUGAUUACUAUGUUCAAAUGUGCAAGGAUAAGCGCACGGGCCCAGAGGCCCCCCGGAAUGGGACUGUUCACCUUUACCUGACCAAACCACUCUACACAUCAGCACCAUCGCUGCAGCAUCUCUGUCGGCUCACCAUUAACAAAUGUACCGGUACCAUCUGGGGACUGCCCUUGCCAACAAGACUAAAAGAUUACUUGGAAGAAUAUAAAUUCCAGGUAUAAGCGUUUCUCUUUUUCUAAACAUGCCUCAUAUAGAGUUAUCUCCGAAUGCAGCUAUAUAUAAAUAUAUACACACACAUAUGUAUAUACAUAUGUGUGUGUAUAUAUGUACAUAAAGAGAACCAAAACUUGAGUGACUGCUCUGGAUAAUUGCGCAGAAUUCUUCCUAAGAACAGCUGAAGUCAAUUAAUAUAAAUGUGUGAAGAGGUAGCUAAGUAUUCCAAGUUCCCUUAGACAUUUGCAGUUGAGCGAUGCUUCCUUUCCUAAGGCUGACCAAGACCAGACAAUCCUUGUCGAACAUCCCAAGAAAGGCCCUGGACGCAUUUGAUCAGAAUGCCUUGCCUUUCUGAAACUCCUUUGCAUUAGGUCAAAGGUCUAAGCUCCCUUACUAGGUAAGAGUUCCCCAUGGAAUAGUACCAAAGGAGGAAAGGAACCCACCUGACCCAGGCCUAGCUUCAAUCUUACAUGCCUGUGGAUCAGAGUCAGUUUGGGGACAUUUUGUAUUGCAUUCUGAUGUACUUAGGAGUUUCAUUGAACAGAUCAUGCUUGUGAGUAUUUAUCCUUCAUUUUAUGCAAUUAAGCAAAUCAACCAAAAAAAUAUGACCAUGAAAUCCUGUAUUUGUCUUUUUACUACACGUAUGAACUCUCUCCUGUGAAUGAGUACUGUAGUAAUACAUUUCAAGGGAGCCUUAUUUCCGAAUCCUUUGAAACUGGUGCAAAUGGAAAAGGCCUUCCCUUUUCCUUUAAGGCUAAAGACAAGAAUGUCAAUGCUCUAUCGGUGCAACCCAACCCCUGGUAAUAAAAUACCAAUGUAGAUAAGUAGGCAUUUCACCCUUUGAAGUAGCUAUGUCCGGACCUGUUGCCAUUAAUUUUGGAAAUGGCUUUAGAAAUUUCCACGUUGUCCUUGAAUUGUCUAACCAUGGACAUCAGCAGUUCUCUCCCUUCUACCAUGUAGAAUACUUUUGACUUAAUUUUCUUCCAGAUACAGGGGGAUACCUGUCUGUUUUUCCAAGUGUUUAUUUACUGCUGUUACUAUUUGAUUAGAAUGUAUUAAAUAAAAACAAACCUGACUUUUA